GUUGACGCCUCAGUCAGUCAGAGGUACCUGCCCUGCCAGCACCGGUCCCUCUGGCGCGCUCCUGGAGAACAGCAUGAUCGCAGAAAGACGACGGCUGCUGCUGCUGUUGCGAGCUCUACUGCGCAUCUGUGCCUGUAAACACUUGUGAGCGCGUCUCUCUCCGAGCCCGCAGUCUACUUCCCUCAACUCCGACGCGCUCAGCGAACAGACCAAAGCUUCGUUUAUCUUACAGGAACUGGCUCACCUUCACAGCAAGACCCAUGGAAUAAUAACUAUGGAAUAUCACUGGAUACUACUGUCUGUCUUUCUACAGUUAACCCUCCGUCCAGGUAAGACGUUUGCACUUUGCACACGAAACUUGUUGCUGCUCGCUCUAGCCAGAGGCUCGAUUAUCUUUUAAUGAGUGCUGCUAUUCAUCUCCUCUCAGCUCAGUAACAUACAUCGUUUUUAUUGCGCGUUUCUGCACUUUUCUUUGUCGGUGAGAGACGGUGCAGUGAACGCAACCGAUGAGUGGACCUAAAGUCUUUGAAACCCGAUGAGGGAAGCUGAUACUUUGGCUCAUGAUCUGGAUGCAACUUUAAUAAUUCAUGUUUUAGUCGGGAACAGCAGGGUGCCAUAAACAAAAAAGUAAUCACACGGUGGGGAUAGAGUGGGAUGCUGAAUAAAUUUGACUAUGUAGUGGCUCGAUGGGGGCGCAGGCUCCGCGAGAUAAAGCGCAUAACCGUUAGUAUGAAAAUGUUUCGACAGCACCUAAUUCUUGGGAAGCAUGCAAACGAGCUGCUGGUCCGUCCCGGAGCCUCUAGAGUAAUUUCUCAUCGCUUGUGUAAACAUUGUCACAUGUGUUACUUAAAGUGUUUCAUAUAUAUUCUUUUUUUCUUGAGGUUUGAAGUUCUGGUGGAUUUUGGUGACAUGUUGCAGCUAUUACAUUUUGGCAGCAUCUUUAAAGCGUGUCUGUGGAGGUCACGGCCCAUAAAAUCGUAAUGGUAUUUUUACACAAGAAUCUGACACGGUGCGUGUGCUUUACGAGGACUUUCAUUCGGAUGGCUUUUCGGUCUGUUGUUGCGCGCGUCUUUCCCACAACCCCAGCUUCUUAUCAGAGAAGGAAACAACGUCUGGGGAAUUUCCUGAUGAGAAAACGCAAAUUUAUGGAAAGCUAUUCUAACAGAGUGCGCACACAGGCUUACUGGUUCUUGUGUAUUCCAGCGCGUCCGAGAAGCUGGUGCAGCUCAUUGCGCAUCAGGUGGACUCAGUUUUCUGCGCCUUUUUCCAUCUGAUCCCGGCAUGAUCCAAAAACUGUGUCAUGUUGAUAUCAUCAGGAAAUCUGAAUGAGUGCCACAUUGCACGGGCUUGUCUGUCAGGUGACAGCGUUAGAUACACAAUGAAGUUUGCCUCGAGCGCGUCAACAGCUUACAGACCUAAUUAACUUUUUUUUUCUCCUGAGCUCUGAGAUGAUCUCAUCGAUACACACAUUCAUAGUUAAAUUAAUAGAACAGAACCCACAUGGAGAAGUCGUAAAUCGUGUUUUUAGCUCCUCCCCGUCACGCUGUCAACCCAAUCUUUACGUUAAAUUCCGCAGUUGUUAGCCAAAUAUUUACGCAUGAGCGCUGAGGCUGUGCAAACACAGGGACCAGCAUAGUUAUUAGCAGUCUCUAAAUAGACCCAUCUCUAUAAUGAUACAUUGUUGUUUGCUGUUCAGUGAUUCUACGAAUUUAAGUGUUUCUAAUGGAUCCAGCAAACCACCACACCCAUCAGACAGCAGGAAGAACAGUGCAGAUUGAAGGGAUGAAUUUAGGAAUGAAUGUCUGAAUUUCUUAUCUCUGCGAGGUUAAGGCAGUGAUGUUUUUGUCAGUUGCAGCCAGUUUCGCAGUCUGCACAAUCCUGUAAAAACUCCCUUUCUCCACCUGUUUUGAGUUGGUGAUGCAAAUUUCACUCUGGGUCGCUCUGACCGGCAGAAAUAUAACCCUUCAUUUGUUUUUACUAUGGUGCUAGAUAAAAUGUUGAAAAAGCUGUUUUCUCUUAUUGCAGCUUGACUUCAUUUGCUUGCUGAGUUGUUUCAAGAUGGAGGGUUUUAUUCUUGUUAUUACAUGGUCAGAAUCUAUGAACAAAAAUGCAGGUGGAUAGGGUUUCUCCUUAGAGCUGCAGAUAAAAUAUGGAUAAUGUUUCUGUUAUUUCAAAUGAUCAGGAUUUAUUGCUCAUGAGUCCCUGAUGUCGACAAACCUUUAACAAGAUUAUUCGCAGCCUACAAGCCAAAACUCUGCCGGAGGUCUGGAGAUAAAUCAGAUUGGCCAUAGGAUGAGUCUGUCUCUCUUUGUGUUAUUUUUUCAUCUUACCUGAAGAUUUAUAGCAGUUCAUAUCUCUGAAACCCUGACAAUACUGAUAGGCUCAUAAGUUGAACUGCUCAGCCUCGCUCACACUGUGCAGCUGUAACUUUUCUUUGUUUGCUUUGAGGCUCAAAACAUUUGUCUGAGCUGCAGUUAACGAAAAUCUAUCGUAUGUGAACGGGAUUGAUCUGUUUAAGCCAUUUCAAGGCAACAAUGUGAGAUAUCUGCUGGUUCCAGACUCCUCAGUUUGUAGAUUUUGCAGCCUUUCUUUGUUAUUUAUGGUACAUGAAGAAGUGUUUGUGGUCUGAACUCUUAAAAGAAGCAUAUUGAAGAUGUUAGAUUGGUAUGUGGGAGAUUUUAACAAGAUUUCCUGUCAUUUUGUCACAGUAAAUAGACUUAAUUUAGUCAUGAAAAAAGACCAAGGUGAAUCAAGAAUGAAUCGUGAAACUCACAGCCCUCCUUUCUGGUAUUUGACUUUGUAAAGGUAUCUGAUUCUUUCAGUCUGCACAUAUGGGCAGCUAUAAACCCUGUCUUUUGAUGAUGUCCGGAGGAAAGGGCCUGCUUACGCUCAGAGGUCUCAUUUAGUUUGCUGCUGGUUGUUGAGUUGUAAAAACCUCUGGAUACAACCUGCAUGAUAUUAAACAACAAUGCAACACGCUAUUAAAUUGUCUAAUAAAACAGUUACUUAGAAAAUGUGCAAUGAAUGACCGAAGCGUUCCUCUUAAACUCAAAAAGAAUUCAUAAAGCAUUCUUUCCUUCCACAAAAUUCUCAUCAAUUACUCAGGAUGCUCAUAAGGCUUCAUUCAACUGCAGAAAAAUGGUUUGAAAGCACAAGAUCUCCAUCCAGCCCAUGCUGAGUUAAAAAGCAUGAAUUAUAUUCUCACAUUGUGAUGAAUUCAGACUGUUGUGAUGUGUUUAUUCCAAAUGCUUACAUUCCAGCUAUGAUGAAUUUGUGACUGGUCAAGCAGCCCUGAUCUGAUGUGGGCUUUGGUGAGAAAAUGCCAGCAGUAUAUCACUCCUGUUGCGUGGCUAAACUUUGAUUUUUAUUAUAUUUAAAAGGUAAGAUUUGUGCAAUAGGUUUUAGACUUUAAACAUUUGAGUGCAUUUAUUUAGCAACUGCGUUGUGGUCUUCUUAAUCAUGCAAGAGUUUCUCCGUCAAGUUGCUCAUUCAUAACUUUUUAAAGUUAUCCUACUGUGAUUUUGGUUCCAGCUUUUGUGUGUUUGGUAUGCAGUGGAUUUCUCUUUUUGUUUCCCUCACAGGUGACACAAAGCCCACCAUCACCCCUGCUGACUCCCACAUCAUCGUCAUGCUCAGCCAACCCUUCGAGCUGCGCUGUCAGGGUGAGAAGGCGAUGCAGUGGCAGCGGGAAGACCGGCUGAGGGUGCGGGGGGAGAAGAAGAGCGACGGGAUGUCCAUUCUGCACAUCCCUAAGGCUCAGCCUGUUCACAUGGGACGCUUCAUUUGCCUGGAGGAGAGCUCGGGGGAGCAGACCUCCAUCUACGUCUAUGUGAAAGGUAGCAGAAUGUUAGGAUGUUAGGUUUGAGGGUGUUCAGAUGAUCUGAUGUGUUAAAGAUCAGGUGUUUGUUUGUGGGAUAACAGAAAGGAGAAAUGAGUCUUGGAGAAAGUAGACUGCAGGUUAGAGCCAAAGGAGUCUGUUGCUGCUUCUCUCUGCAGAGAGAUCAGUGUGUGUGGGUGUGUGUGCAAAAAAAAGGUGUUGGUAACUUUGCCCUGGACAGGUACAAUAGAUACUGCGGCUGUUUAUCAAGUGCAUGACUGAGUUCUACUGUAUUUCCUUCUCUCUGUGACUCUACAUCCCCUUGGCCGGCUGCCAUUCCUGCAGGCUGAUAUCAUGUGCUGAUCACUCACUCCACUAUUCACACAUCCAUUUCUGAGGCCGCGAACACUUAAGACUUUGUAGAUGAGAGCCUUUGGAUGUAGUAUUAUCAAAAAAUAUUUACUCUGCUGGGGGAACUUGUGCAGGUAAACAAAGAAAGCUUUGUCUCUGCAGGGUGGAUCUCUGUGUUAAGAUAACUCCGGCUUGAUAACAGAUCCGCCUUUGUGCUUGUUUAUUCUGCAAAUUUGGACAUAAAAACUGGUGGAAUUAUUAGAUUUAAAGUUUUAAUCCUGAAGAUUUGUGCUCUGUCUGAUUUGGCGACACUCAAGCUGCCAUAGUAACAGCAAGUGUGGUUCGAUACUACAGCCCCCAGAGUUCUGUGGACCGAAACAAAACUGAGCAGCAACUGGUGUGUGUGUGUGUUAAAAGCGCAGCAAAACACUACAGAAGAAUGAGCACACACACUAAAACACACUCAGUUCCUUCAGAUUCAGGCUCUGCUGUGCAAGUGAGAACUGUUCAGGGGGGAAGUUUAGUUUAAUCCAAAUGUUUUUGUGUCAAAAAUUUCAGAAUUUGUGCAUAAAUAUCUGAGCGAGAUGCAAAACAGUCUCUCCAAAACAUGGAUGAAGUUGUUCUUUUUUUGCUGGGCCAAGAUUGAAAGUGUUGAAAGAUUUUGUAACAUUUGUUGGGAACAAAAUGAAGUUGAAUUCAGCUCAAUCAUCAUGAAGCAUGUGGCUUCAAAGUUGCAUAGACACUGUCAGAGUUACUCAAUAAACAUGCUGCGUGUAUUCAUAAAACAUUAAACACCUCAUGAAUUUACUGCUUGUAAAACAUUUCAAAGCCUGCUGUUGAAAUAUUCUAAUCCUGCAUCGUUGACAUCCAGGUUUAAAAGCUGGCAGAGUGCCUUAUAUUCGUCUUUGUUAGCACACUGGUGAGUUUCUUAGCGUGUUAUUGUCACUUGUGGCUCAGUGUAGUAGUGUGAAAACAUGGACAUGUGCAUCCUCGUGCUCAUGCACAAGACAAACAAAACAAGGAUGCACAGGCAGAUAAACAGCUCCGUGGCUGCUCGAGGUUAAAAAGAAAUAAACCACACGGCGUCUUUGAAAGUUUGGGGGAUAAAAACUAUAACAUGGUUUCAACUGAACUUUUAAUUAAAUUAUCUCGUUAUGACCUCCUCCUUCUGCACUGGUGUAACGGCACCAACUGGAGAAUUAGAAGCACCAACUGUUAAUCUCCGUGCAGCAAACGUCUUCUCUAAUAUUGGCACAAAAGAAGUGGGUGUAAUCGCACAGAAACUCAUUUUAUCCAUUGCAUAAUUUCAGCCCAGUGUUAAUCAAUUUGGUUGAACACCUGGCUACAUGGAGACAAAGCACCUCUGAGUCUGAUGCAUUCGUUGGGUGCUGGCAGGUCGAGGCAAUUUGAAUAUAUAAAAGCCAACCCGACCAUCUAAAGUGAAAAGUUCUCUGCAGAAAGUUAAUAAUUGAUUGUGUCAAUGUUGCUGCCUGCCAAAAAUAAAGUGGAUCUUCGUUAUAUUUAUGGACUUCCGCCACCAUAUAUCAUUAAUUAAGACAUAACAAAUCAUAGCAAUAAUCUGGCAAGAAGUCAAAAAGCAGAACUUGAUUAAUGUUUAACACUAAAAUGCUGUUUUAUUAUGUCAUAAACUUAAGCCGAGUUCUCGCUGUGCAGCCUCGCUCUCAGCUCUGAAGCUCUUGAAGUGCAAUUGUGUUUUUUGCUUGUUUUUGGCAGAUCCUGACAAUCCUUUCAGAAAAUCAAUGGUGUUCAAAAUUCUCACUCGUGUGGGAGAUGCUGCUUCCAUCCCCUGCCUGGCAACUGAUCCAAGUCUGGACAACCUGCGCCUGGAAACAUGUUCCAGAACAGAUCUGGCCUCUGGUCUCCAGUAUUCUGCAAGCCUGGAGCAAGGCAUCACCAUCCACAACACGCAGAAGGCCUACGAAGGCUGCUAUGUGUGCACAGGAAGGCUCAGGGAAGAGCCAGUCAGGUCACAUGACUACUUCCUGACUGUUAGACCAGGUAAAGAAGCGUAAAUGCACCUUGACAAUUACAUGAAGGUACUUAUCUCAGGGAUUAAAGGCUCCUUGGGUUCCCCCCUCAGUCCCUGCCACUCCUCCUGUGAUCGAGAUGCUGGCGCCCAAAAGAGUCAUCCUCACCCGUGGGGAGAGUCUCUCCCUCACCUGCAACACCUCCAACGUCAACGGAGAGAUCAAGCUGAAGUGGGAGACGCCGCCUGGCUCGGUGAGACUCUGCUGGAUUCUCUUCACUGUGUCAUGCUGCUUGUUGGUGGCAGAUUAGAGCAGAAAGUUACUCACACUAAUGGUUGGAUUCACAAAGAACAGAUUGAUCUGUUUUCCAAGCCACUUUAAUUUCAGGCAUGAUAAAGUUAAAAAAAAUCUAGUUAUUGCAUUGGUCCAUCAAUAACCAGAUAAUAAAAUGCAUGUACACUAGGGCUGUAAUAAACCAAAGAAAUUCUUGGUCGACUAAAAUGCUGAAAUUUUUGACCAAAAAUCAACUAAUUGGGGGGCAAACCCUUCUGUGGCGGGGGACGACAUGGUUCAGUAGAGCGUGGCUCAGCGGGGUGAAAAUAUUCUGAUAUCAGCACAAGAAGGCAAUUUCCCACAAGUGUUAUAUUCAGCGAACCACCAGAUGUUGAUUAACGUGGACACUCUUCAAUCUUCCUGUCUCUAGCAGAUCUCCACUGGGUUGGGCAAAACCAAAAUGGUUCAAACAAGGGGGGGUCCUGAGACAGUUACCUGUGUAAUGGGAGUGCUCUGAAAACACCCUCAUUAUCACUUGGUACAUUAUUCCUGAUGAAAUUAACCAUAGACUGUAAAUUGAGGUGGAAAAAAAUCAAGUCGACCAAUUACAAUUUUGGUCGACUCAGCACGUAUCGACCAAAAAGGCGACCAGCCGACCAGGACUUUCCAGCCCUACAUGCACACAUGUAAGUCCAACUUCAGCAAAUUUCUAAACGUUGGAGCAUUGAAGCUACAUAAUGCAGCUGGGGGUUGAUUUUAUCUUCAACUCAACUCAAACUCCAUUUGAAGAGCGCAUUUGAAAACAACCAGCGUUGACCUAAGUGCUGUUCAGAUUAAAGGGUGUGAUACAUUUAGCGUGUGCAACCCUGCUAUUAGAUUAAGAAGACGCUGGUGAAUGGCAGAUUAACCAAUGACUGCCCUGAGUGAUCACAGCAGGAAAAGAGAGUGAGCAGGGGAGUGGAUAAGAGACUUAGGCAGCUGUGGAGGCAAUCAUAGUCCCCUUGACUGAACUUACACUGGAGCCACAUUAGUCCAGUUCAAAUUGAGCUAGACAGUGUGUCUACACCUAAGACAAAGAAAACCUUCACACUGGUGUUACUUGAAUUUGGAAAGAGGAUAAUUAAUGUUUUAAUAAUUUAAUCCUAACAUCCUCAGGAGGUGAUUAAUCUGAUAAAAUAAACAAAUACAAGCAUUUGUUUUCAGUUUCAGGGGCCUUAUUAAUCUGUUUCCAGUCAGUUUUUAUCUCACAUGAUGCAUCCUGUAAAUUAUGCAUAAUAGCCUAAAAUCACUUGUUGUUCCAAAGUAUCAUCCAGCUCCAGAUAUAAAUUUACUUUGCAGUUUGCUCUUAUUCUGCUUGAACUGUUUAGCAAUUGAAAGAGAGUGUUGUUUGGUUUUACUGGCUCACUACAUGGAAGAAGACAUUAAAACUGGUGUCACAUCUGUUAAGGCUUGGCAGUGCAAUAAACUGAAAAAAAAGAGUAGCUUCAGUCCCUUCCAGAUUGACAUUUUUCCAGGAGAAAAACUGAACUCAGUCUCACAAACUGAGAGCGCAGAAACUGAUGUUCCCCUCUUUGAUCAGGACAGAAUAGAUGUUUGUUGCCAUUUUCACGGUAACAAGACAGUACAGAUGCACAAAAAAUGUAUGCUAUGAGUCAGCUCUAUAAAACUGACCAUAGAAAAGGAGAGAAGAGCAAUAUAAAAGUAAAAAAAAGAUUUGCAGGGAGUGCAGAAAAUUGAACGCAAAGACCCGUGGACUGCAAAACCUUCUUGUGCUUGUUCCUGCUGGAAAAUCACCUGAACAAAGUUGUCUGUGAAUCAGAUCAUCAGGCAGGACAGGGCAUGAUGCAAAGAGCUGCAACUCACAAUGCUAUCAACAACUACAAUCCACUCUUUGUGAAUCCACUCAUGUGCACGGAUAGAUGUCUGUCAUGUCAAACUGUUUCAAGUUGAGAAGAGACAACCGCUGAUAAACAGAAUAAGACCAAUCAUAGGACUUUACCCUUGAAAAGUCGGCCACUUUAAUGAUUAUUGCUGGAAAAUUAGACAAGUGAUUGGCAAAAAGAGUAACAGAGUGUUCCACAAAAAAAAAAAACAACACAUUUUUGGUGUUGUCUUAAAUUUAGAUUCCUCUCCUGCAGACUUUUUCUGCCUUUGUACCUCUGUCAGCGGUUGUCUGCUCUUUGUAUCAGGGGGUCAAACUUGUGCUAUGUGAGCUUCAGGAUCUUGGCUACAUGUGGUCUACCAUGUGCAUGCAUGAGUGAGAGAAUGUGUGUUGCAUGCUGGUGGUUGUGUGUCUGUCAGCGAGAAUAGACACGCAGACGGGGUUAAUCUCUAGAGAUUUCUGGGCGUUGACAGGGUGCCGUCUGGUAUCCACAGCAACCAGCAAAGGUUGACGGCGCGUCACGAAUCACGACAGAGCACUUCACGCAUGUGCGCAGUGCCACCUUGAACAUUGCGGACGUCCAAGCCCGGGAUGGCGGGAGGUACCGAUGCGAGGCGCAGAACGAGAAGGGGGUCAGCACGCAGUCAGUUUGGCUGGAUGUUUACGGUGAGUGUUCAAAUGAAAUCUCUUUCAGUUCGAAUUUUUGUAAUUUUACACACUCUGUCUGAUGUUUCUGCUUGAUUUGGAAAGAGUAACACUUCAGGGUGAUGCUACUAGCUACAGAGUGACAUGAGCAACAUGAUUGGUUAUUUUUGUCCUGCUUACGUCUGUGCGUAAGUGAUGAAUUUGUAAAACUCCUCCCUUCUGUGAUAUGGUAUGGUAUGGACUUUAUUGUCAUUGUACUUGUGCACAACGAAAUUGCAUAUACAGAUGGGGAACGUACACACAAGAGGACGGGAGAGGAGGAAGUAAAAAAAAAGAGACUGCUCUCAUUAAUGUUAAUAAUUAAUAUUUUGAUCUGUAUUCUAUGACGGAGUAUUAGGGCCACUUUAAGAGAAAAAAAUUUAAGACUUGGAGAUUUAAGUUGUUAACUUAUGAGAAUAAAGUCAUUACUAACGAGAAUAAAGUCGUACUAAAUUAACUACUUAUGAGAGUAAAGUCAGAAUAAAGUCCUUAUAUUCUAACCUGCACAUCAGCACCACAUUAUCACGAGUAUCGUAAUGAUUUUAUUAUGAUUUUAUUCUCGUAAGUAUUGUCUUUAUUCUCGUUAGUAAUGGCUUAUUCUCGUAAAUUAAUGGCCGUAAUCUCGAAAUCUAAUUCUUUUAAAUUUUUUUAUUAAUAUGGCCCUAAUACUCCGUAGUAGUAGCAGUAUUCUAUCCAGAGUGUGUAAAAAGUGUGUAAAAAUGGAAGAGCUAGGAGUCUGCUAACUGGCAAACAGACAUUACCCGUCCUUGGCACAAAUUUACAUGGUUGCAAGGAAGUGGAUUUCUGAUAACCAAUAAAUAUAACUGCAUUUGAUCAAACUCAUAGAGAUAAUCUAAAUAUCAAAAGUAGUGUUGCACAAAAAUGAAGGCCAUGUCCAUGGGUCCUGGGCUGCUUUGAUGGCUGUGAGUUAUUUUAUUUUUGUGGGCCAAUAAAUGUAUGUAGUUUAGUGUAUAACCACGUUUCAGUGGAAUAACAUUAGUCAGAUUCACAGUAUGUUGUAAAUUGAUAAACACACUUUUCAAUCACACAAACUCACUCGGCAAUCGACUUAAAAGCAGCUGAGACAACGCCUCAGUAAGUGGCGAGAAGGCGUUAUUCAUUUCUUUAAAAGGGAAUGAUCUCACUGAAUAGACAAGUGAGCAACUGAAUUGAAGAAAGUAGUUUGUUCACUUAGCAAGCUUACACAGUUUCUCAGAAAUCCAGUUCUUUGGAAGUACUUGAGGCGGAUUCUGGACCAAAAAAUCAUGGAUUGUAGGAGUUUUGCAGGAACAUAGAAUAUCAUGGAGAUUCACAUUGGGAUGGAUGAUUUCCAGAGUACUCGUAUUCAUGAACAUGCUUAGACUCAGACUGACUUUACUGUCAUUCACACCAUGAACAGAAUCAUGAAGGACAAAAUGCAGCUCUCAGUUACUAUCAAAGAAGUGAAAUAACAAUGAAUUUCUAAUCUAAUAUAUAGAAUUUAACCAUUAAUUAUCUGAUUAAUUUAUAGAUUACCAAAUUUUCCUCCGUAACAAAGUAGCAGCAGCAUAGGCAGUUACAGCAGUGUAUUUAGACAGUACAAUAAAUGAAAGUGCAACAUACAGAUUGAAGUCCAAAGUGCAACAGCUUAUAAAGUGCAACCACUUUUCAUGUCCAUUAAAAACUGGCAGCGUUAAUUGUGGAGCUCUCUAAAGGUUCCUGCAUGGCGUGGAACUGUUCAUCAGUCUCACAACAUCUGGAAAUAAAUAUAUUUUCAGCCUAGAGGCCUUUGCCCAGAUUCUGCACUCCUGCGCGAGAGGAGGGGGGAAAAAAAGUCUGUGUGCAGGGUGGGUUGGGUCUCUCAUGACUCAGUUCAUACAUCAGCUGUUGUAAAUAUCCGAGAAGACCGGUAAGCUGCAUCUGAUGAUCCUCUGAGCAGUCCUUACCACCCUCUCCAGCCACUGCUUCUCUGCCACUGUGCAGCUUCAAUACAACACGGUGAUGGAGGAAGUCAGCUUGUUCCCAUCACAUAAGGAACUGAGGAGUCCAGCCCCGCCCUCUUCAGCUUCCUCAUGAAGUACAGGUGCUGAUAACACUCAGGGUGUAAUCACACCUGGUCAGGUGUUAGUGCAAAUGUUUUAGUGGUAUUUUCUGGGAAUUAGUUGAUAUCUGCCUCUCACUCUGAAGUGCCAGUUUAAAACUCUGCUGGAUGAGUUUGGCAGUGAGUGAGGAGGAAGUUAUCAAGCUGGAGGAGUUUAUUUUCUUCAGAUUUUCUUUUUAAAUAUUUUGUACUUGUGGCUGAUAUUGGAGCAGGAUAAGCAAAAAGAUCUGUGUAGGUAUUGUUUUAGACCCAGAAAGUCUCCUACCAGGACUUUGACUGAUAAAAGAGCAGAAUGAUAUGGAUUCAUAGUUAUUGCUGGUAUGCAAAUGUUUCACUGCUCUGUGAGAACUAAAGAGGUAAACCGUGUGCACACUUCCAUUAUUCAGACAAUCAUUGGGUUACCAGAGCACACAAUGACACUGGUUUAACAUUUCACUGGUACAAACAUCACCUUUGGUAAGCUACCUAACAGUAUUAAAUCAGAGUUUCUAAAGCUAAGUCAUGACUAUGUUAUUGUUAAUGAUUUUAUUACCCAGCUAUUCAUACAUUAGUUUUUUCCUUCUGCAUCUUACAAGAAGUUGUCCCACGGCCAUCAGACAUUUUAUCUUUUUGUAGAUAGUAGAUGACUUGAGACAUGAAACAAUUGAAUUUCUCUUCGGGAAUCAAUGAAGUUCAUCUUAUCUUUCAAAUCUUAAACAGAGAUCAGUAUUAAAGAGUGGGUGAUGGUACUCAUGAGAAGUGCAGUCUACCAUUUUCAUCAUAAUAGGUCACCAGAGUUGACACGACAUGAAAACUCCUCACAGUGCCUUAAUGCGUCCCUGUUGGCUGUAUAUGUAAGACAGUGUUUUUCUCAGAAUCUAUUGGCUGGUGUCUGACCAUUACUAUAGCCUCAAACUGGGGCAACUGCCAAUACUGAAGGGCUUCUGGUCAAGCCAGUAAAUAUCUCAGUGAGGAAGCCAAAACAGCAAGGAAUGCUCUCCUAAUAAGGCAGCGUCACUUUUUGUCCUAAAUUUAUAUUCAGUCUUUUCAUUAAAACCCAAAUGCUGCGAUGUAUAUUUACUCCAUUGUAUAGAUUUGUUUACAUUAUUUUGACCAGGAGACUUCAUGAGUAAAACAUAAAGAAUGGAGACAAAAUUUUAGACAUGCAGCACUGCAUUUGGUGUGUCCACACUAUAAGGAUUUCCUAUCCUGUCCAUUUGUCGUUGUUUACGGUCUGAUCCUUUAAAGAUCCUUGAUCAAUUAUCAGGGCUGAUAUUCAGCAUUGGGCUGAUAACCUGUAACAGCAAAAGUUUUCAACUUUGCCAGAAAAUUUUUCAUUUUCACUGUAAAAAAAAACAGAUCAGCUCCAAAUAUUAGUAAGUAGUCUCAUGAACUAAUUGGUAUCAGCCCUGAUAAACCAUGAUUGAUCAAUCUCUACAUAUUAGGUUGGAGAGGUAACACAUACAGUUGAGCGUUUUAGAUACUGGUAUGUGUCAGUAGAUAAAGAAAAUACAAGUAGUUGAAGAAAAGGAGAGAAGAGAAGUUGAAUACAAGAAGUUGCAAUCCAGCAAAUGUGUUCCACUUCCACUUACAGACGUCAUAAAUCGUGCUCUUGUGUACUUUGUCUGCACAAACUGGAACUCAGAAUGGAAACCAUUUGCUCCUGAUGCCAAAAAGCAUAAAUAAUCCUUCACAACAUACAUAUUUACGUUUGUUUUUCAGAGACGGGAUUCAUCAACUUGGCCCCUGUUGACAACAGAAGCAUCCAGGUCCGUUUAGGCGAGAGUUUGUCCCUGAUUGUGGAGUUGGAGGCUUAUCCAAAGCCGCACACUUUCUCCUGGAGCUUCAUGGGCCAAGAGCUGCAGAACACGAGUGACCAUGUCAUCACCACACACAACCACGAGUACAGGUGAGAAAACAACACACACCUGCUGGAGGGUUCCCACUUCUACACAUGGUUUCACACAGAUGAGGAAGCUCAUUACACUCUGUCAGAGGAAUUUAACACCUCCUGUUUGGCUGCAACUGCUCUCGUCACAGCUCUCCAUGAAAUGAAGCUGAAAUUUAGAAAAGUGCCGUGAGGUUUCUGCUGAAACUGGAAGUCACAGAUUUUAGCAGAAAAAGAAACCAUGAAAUAUCCACAGUGGGGCCUCUAUUCUGCAGACAGACACUUUACAUAAUGUUAUCCAAGGCUGCUAAUACAUUUUAGCUCCGCUUCAUGGUGUCUCCUACAAAUAUUCCCAUUGAUACUGGGAGCAUAAGGCGUGACCUUUGGCCUCUGUUGGUCAGCAGAGCCUAAAGCAAACUAUGCAUGAGUGGGAACAGCUUUUCAGCCCCUUUUGCUAUUUUUAAAGUCAAUCUAUACCGUUACUGGAAAAUAGGGUUGCUCAAUUUGAAUCUUCAAAGACUUAACCUUUGUUUAGCGUUUACAUAAUGUCACAGAAGUCAUGUGCAAAAACAGCUCAGGACAAACAGAGGGCUGUUUGUGAUCAUUAAUGCAAAUAUUUGAACGUUUUAAGUUUUCUCAUGCAGCUUUAAGCACAACAAGGUGACACUAUUUUCUGUUCAUACAUUAUUACAUACUAUACAUUGAACACAUUUUUUUUUAGGAAUAAUACUGGAAUCUUAUAACUUUGGCACCAACUGUGACCAAAGAGAUCAAAAGAAGUUCUAAUUUUCUUCAGCUCGCGGCUAAGUACCGGGCUAAAGCGGCUGUUUUAAGUGUAAUCUUUGACUGAAACGGUGCUCAAGAUUGCAUAAUAUGUGAACAACUGACGCAACUGUUUCUGCCAGAAAAAGAAAUGCAUUACAAAUUUUAUUCUGACCUUCUCUGUUUGAGGAUGUGUUUGAAAGAACACUAUAAAUUAGGCUUGGUUUCUCCAAAAGGAUUGCAGCCACUGCUUAACUCAUUCAGUACCAGGUUCAUUUAUGCAAUUUUCACCCAGUGCCACCACUGACCGCAAUAGAAAUUACCGUAUCUUUCAGGACCCACAGAAUAUCUUGUACUUGGACUAGAAUUAAGGGCAAUAUCUCAAAACAAAGGGGUGGUUCUCUUCUUUUACCAGAAAAAAAAAGUUAGUCUCUAACUCACUCCUGUGUUUAGUUAAUGCCUGCUCAAUGCAGUGUGGUCAUAUCAUCUUUGCCAAUCUGGAAAAAAAAAAAAAAACUGGGAAAAACACAUUUUGACAAAGGAGUGCCUUUCAAGCAGAACCCUGAUCAACUAUUUAAUUUCACAUCAAACUACUUUACUGGUGGCAUUAAGGUCCUACCUCCUCCAACACCACUCAGAUCCGAUUGUGAGAGAGGUCACUUUGUGAUGUCUGGGAGUCGUGUUGGCUCUCAAGAAGCUGAUGCCGCGACGUAAUAAAAAUAAACAAAAAAGGACUGCUCGCGUCGUCCUCACUGGGGCUGUCGCUGAACAGUCUUGCUCACCAGUACCGGCACCUGUGCUGACGAUUUGAAGGUCCGAACGGAAUCCACGGACGGUAGCACCACGCCCACAGGAGCCAAUGCGCCGAGACCAUUUGCUCUUGGCUAAUGACUUUGGAAUUUUCCUACUAAACCAACCCACACUUUAGUGGUUAAUUGGCACACUUGCUUGACACUACUCACUGGCAAGUACUUGUUUUUGUUACUGCACAUGGUUAUGACGUAUUUGUCAGCUUUUCUGCUUUCAGAACGAACCCAAACUUAGUCGCAUGUUGGGGAGGAGCGCCCUGUGGCGGAAAAUGAAAAAACUGAAAAAUCUGUCAAAAUCCGUCAUUGGCACUGAAUGAGUUAACUGCAGCUGAAGCAAUCCACUUGAGUUUUUUCACCUAUUGAACAUCCACACCAACAAAUCAAAUUAAAUUGACAGAAUAUACCACAACAAGCUUUUGAACCUCACAAAUAUACAGUGCAUGUAUUUAUUUAUGUUGUUGUUAUGAUGGUGGUGGUUGUCUAUAGGUACAGCAGUGAGCUGAGGCUGGUGCGACUGAAAAUGUCCGAAGGUGGAGACUACACCUUUAAAGCCUCAAACCGUGACACAUCAGUGAACAUAACAUUCACCAUCUUUGUGAUCAGUAAGUUAUAUCAUGGAUUUCUUCAAAGGUUUUUAGUUCCCUAAAGCCAUGCAUUGACUCUCAUUUCACCUCAGUGCAUUAACCUUCAGGUUCGGACACAUGGGAAUAGGUUUAAGUGACCUUUUUCUUUCUGCUAAAUAAGGUCUCUCUCUCUCUCUCUCUCUCUCUCUCUCUCUCUCUCUCUCUCUCUCUCUCUCUCUCUCAUUCACACCUUAGUAAAGUCUGAUUGGAUUAAAAUGUCUUUCGUACAUGACAUAUUGUGACAUUAACCUGUGUUUGUUAGGUAAACCUGAAAUUGUGUCACAUGAGGGCCCGGUGGAUGGACAGGUACGCUGUGUGGCAGAGGGGUUUCCUGCCCCACAGAUCACCUGGUACUACUGUGAGCAACCUUAUGUCAGGUGAGAGACAGUCAAGGCCUUUUUUCCCUUACUUUCUCACCUUGUAAAGGAAGUACAGCAUAAAUGCAUAACAGCAUUUUAAAGGCUUCAUAUUACACUUUUCCCUUUUCCUUUCUGUUUUUUGCUGAUUUAAAAUGAGCUCAGUUGGGAAAUGUGUUUUUGUUUAUCUCUGAUUUUAGUUUAAUGGUGACACUUGUGAUUUAACUAGCUCAUGUAGGAGCCUGUAAUUUAUUUAAAACAAACACACAGGCUGAAAUAAUAGAUUUGGCACUAAAACUGGAACUAACUGCCGUAAGACAAAUGAGAUUGACUCAGCCAAAACCUGGAAAAAAAAAGAAAAAAGAAAAGCUCUGGCCUCUGGAUAGAAAUAAAAUUGCUGCUGUUUCCAAUCCCCGCUGCAGGUUUAUGCUUUGUGAGCCAAGCAAAGUUCUCAAACACAGUCCUGUCACAGAGGCUCUCUUGGGCAGGUUAAACUCAUCCAAGCCCAAAAUUGAAGAUUGGACAAUUAUUAAACUCAAUUAUGGUUCCCUAACAUCAUAAAACCAUAACCAAGACAGAGCUGAUGUUGUGCUGCCUGCUGAGUUUUGCUGGCUUUGUCCUGUAUGACGAUUAGAGGGCAGCUUUCCUGACACCAGAGCAUGUGCACUACCCCUACCCUCUCUCUCUCUCACCUCAUUAUUAGCAGCUUCGAUCAACGUUCAGCAAAAGUUGAGCAUAUGCAAUUUGUGGCUGCGUGAAAGUUUGUACUGCUGUAUCUUCAACAUGCGCAGUAGCAACAGAAACUAUCAAGCAGCCACAGGUGGAGAGAGUAGAUCAGGGAGAGGAGCAGGAGGAGGCAGGUGACUGUGUGUCGGAAAAGCAAAGGGACGAGGGGCUGUAGUGAUCACGAGCACUGAUGACCAACAACUGUCAUGCUGAAAAGUGAGCGAUGUCAAAAGAUGUGUUUUCAGUAACACAGUGUAAAAAUAGGUAACUCUAAGUGAAAUUUGGCGUAUAAUUUAAUGAGGAUUGUCACUGUCUUUAUUCACAUUUUCAGCUGCAAAAAUCUUUGACACGUGGUACUCUGGACUGUUAAAAAAAACAGGAGAAUGGAAGUUUGUCAUGAUGAAACAUGAAUUUCAAAAGUAUGGAAACAAAUCUGUAAAAAAAAGGAAACAAGAUAUUUGACCCUGUCAGCAGGGGGUGCAAUAAUCAACACAAACCAAAAGUUCCUCACAGGAGCUUUAAUUGGGGAAUAUUUGAACUUUAGACUGUGAAAAUUCCAACUAUUGCAAGAUUAUUGUUAAAGAUAAGUUGUAAAGCAAAGUAGAUAAAUAAAAUGAGAAAAACAACAUUUUGGGGAAAAUGAAUCCAGGCUAUGCCAUAAUUAGAAAAGACGUGGUUUCCCAUUUCUCUGAGCUGAAUUCUCAAAUUGCUGCCUGAAGUGAUAAUAACCAUUCAACAAAUAUAAGCAUUCAUUAGUUCUUAGUUAUGUAACUUGAAUGAAAAAAACAAAACACUAACUUAAAAGUAUGGAAACAGCGCCGCGUGACAUAAAACUACAAUUCCCCAAAGCAAUCCUGUUAUGAGAGUUAUAAAGAUUAAAACUGUAGAAAUACGGAAAAAUUUCACACUUCUCUGAAAAUUUUAUUGUCUUACAUCUUAUUGACAUUACUGAAAGUUUGGGCAAAGCUAAACCCCUUUCCUUAAACAUGGUUGUAACUUUUAGGUUUACAAAACUUACAUGAAACUCAGGCUGAUUCAUUUCACCUGGAGGGUCUUUGAGGUCACGCUGAAGAUGUUUUUGAAGUCGGGAAUGAUGAUGAGGGUGGAAUGUGAGAUUACAGAGAUCCUGACCAGGGAUUGGUGAGUGACAGGGGGAACCAGACUAAUUUAAUUUAUCAUUGGUGGGGGUUUCUGCCUGGAUACAGCUGACACCCCGUGGACUCCAUUGAUCGCGUGUCAAUCGUAAAGUGCGUUUAAGGACGAGCACUUGCGACACCAAUCCCCAAGACGCACGCACAGUGAAUCAUCAGCCAUUUUUUAAGACUGAUUAAAUCCAAUUAAUGCUCCUUACAUGCAAACACGCACAUGUACUGUAUGUACAGCAACAGAUUGAUGCAACCUUAGAGCACCCACAACACAGAAGCUUUUUUUUUCAGUGAAAGACGAUGAAAUAUGGAGCCACAGACCGCUUCAUACACUUGAAUUGGGAGAAGAUCGAGCUCCCCUGCUGUUAUUAUGAUUUUUACUUAAAGUGACUGCUGCAAAUUACACUUAAAUAUGAUCAUGUGUGUGCUUGAUUCUGCAUAUUGUGCAGAGGCAUGUUCUCCACAAAAGUCUUGGUAAAGGAAUGUGUAUCCUGAAGAGACUUUGGGGGUGGUUGCCUGUUUGUCCACAUGAGACAAACUGUGAAUAGGUCAGUGAUCCUGUGUCAACAAGGUGUAAUCUUCUGCCUCCAGGUGCUCCCAACAAGUGAAUGCCACCCAGGAGGAGAACAAUGUCAUCACCAUCACCCUGCUCAGCCCCAAGUUUGGGAAGACCGAGGUGGAGAGCCGGGUGAACAUUAGCAGAGGACGGUUCAACACUCUGGAGUGUGUGGCUACAGUGGACGGAGAGCAGGCCUACACGCUCUUCUCUAUCAGUGGUGAGUUGGUUUCACAUAAUGAUACACAAAUUAGGAGCAGUUUUAUAAAAGAGAAAAAUUGUAUGUGGUGGAAUCUGUUCUGAGAGUUUAACAUGUGGUGGGAAGAGCACAAUCCCCUCUGUUUCAUACAUACAUUUUAAUGCAUUCAUGAAAAGCUAACACAAGGAGAGCAGCAGCAAAGACUCCCAGUUAACUGAUCAAAGCAGGCAUACAUAAGACUCAUGCAUGAGAGGUAAUCAGCUGAGCUUUCAACUGAUAUGGCCUGGUGUUAGAAUCAGCUGAUGUACUUGAGUUGACUAUUUAAACCUGCCUGAACAAACACUAUACUCAAGUUAUUUGUUUAGAAAAGCGCCCUACAUUUGACUGUACCACAGCCUGGUGAUAAACAGGCCUUAAACUAUUAAAGAACUAAUGAAAACACUCUGAACAGGAUUAAGCACAGCUGCCUGUAAACAGAACAUUUCUGCAGAGUUACUUUGUGCUGCUCUCCACCACACCCGCAGCUUUCAUAAAACAACAGUACUUACUGUUCUAAUUCAGCGGUCGAAAAACAUACCAACAUGUUGUUAAGUCCCAUUGGCAUGUCCUAAAGAUGCAGACGUCACAUUUGCAUCUUUAGGAGACAGACAGAAAACAGAGAUUUAAAUGUCACUGGAAGUCUUGACCUGAAGACAGCUGGCUGAGCUCUACACCUCUGGAUAAUGACGGACAGAGAGAAAUGUACAAUAAACAAAAUGAUGAGACAGUUAUAAACUACUGACAGAGGGUUGUAGACUGCCUAUAGAUAAAGUCCCCAGUGCACGCAUUUGACUUGCUUCAAGAUAUGUGUAAAACAUUUUUCAAAGUCCCUUUAAUGUUUGCCUUUAACUAUGACUGGAUGUAGUCAUAAGCAAUUUCUUUUGUGACUGUGUGGAAACUGAAAAUAAGAACAUUACUCAACCUAGGGUGCUCGGGGGUUUUGUUGCCACGGUAUCAAAACAGAUAUCAGUGUCAGUUGAUUUUUUCCACCCCUAAAUCAAAGUUUUAAAUCCAUUUUGAUGUGGUGAGACAAUGUUUGAAUGCUUAUCUCAAAAGCCACGCCAUUAAUCAUAAGAGUAGUCAUAUUGCAGCUCCUCGGCUAGAACACUGAUCAUUAGCAUUAGCUCUGGUGGUUGAUUAUUAACAAUAUAGGUCUUGAGUAUCAACCUCAGUGGUGUGUUUUCAGCUUCGAUCUAUUAUAAGUAUCGAAAUCACCUUGAGGCUUCCUGUUCUCAGCACUAAGUGGUGUUCAAGAGUUGUCAUUUAGUACUGCAUACAUAGCUAUGAGAAUACACAGGGGAAGCCCAGCUAACAUUGCAUGUGUUGUAUGUUAAUUACCCCAUUCCCAUCCUAUCCUGACCUGUCCUGUCUAAACUCCAACCAACCUACCCAGUACUACCACACACCUACUAUUUUACUCACCAUUUUAUACACUAUUUUACUCUAACUCAUCCUACAUUUACCUUACUCCAUCCAAUGAAACAUUUCUCUAUUGUAUCUCAGUCUAUCACGUGCUUUCCUACAUUACCUCAUCAUUUCCCAUCAUAUCCUUAGCUGCCCUGCUUUUACCUACCCUUUUGUGUACUAUUUCAUCCUUCCUUAUCCCAUAAUAUCCCCACCUUACCUAUUCUGCCCUCUCGUACUUGCCUCAAUUCUACCUGCCUUGCCUGUCUAACCUUGCCUAUCCUUUUAUACCCUACCUAACAUAUCCCUACUCUUUCCAUUCUUACCUAUUCUCUGUCCUAUCCCAUAGUCCCUUAUUACAUCUGUGUCUAUUCCUAUCCCUUUCCAAGUGCUAAAACGCUACCAUUACUCUACCCUUCUCAACCCCAUCUAACUACUCCUUAUCCUAACCUGCUGUAUCCUGACCUUAUACCUCUCUGUACCCAGCCUCACCCUUCCUGUCAUUUUCCCACCCUGUCCAACCCGACCCUCACCCUCUGCAUCACGUUCUAUCAAAUUCGAUUCUGAACUGUUUUCCACUGUUGUCCUUACCUAAAAUCAUCACCAGUUCACACUACCUUACAUUACCUAUGUUACCUAUAGUGUCCUAGCCUAUUCUGAUCAAUCCUAUCAUUUUUCCUAUCACACCCAACCCCACCUUGUCACCUAUGCCCACCUAACACUAUCCAAAUGUACUCUAUCAGCAUACCUUACUUUGCGGCUUCAUUCACUUCUCCAUCUUAAUUAACCUUGUCCUAUUUUUGCACCCUACUACCUACCCAUCACCUGUUACCUACCAUUCCCUUUGCUUACCUACCUUUUACCCUACUUUAUCCUAUCUUUUUUUCUCCCUCCCUUUAUCCUGCUGCUUUCAUCCUUCUCCAACUCAACCUUCCUUACCCUACCUUCAUUAUCCUUUCUGGUUCAACCAAACCAUCCUGACUAUUCCUACCAAAACCCUUCCUCAUGUUAUUAAUACAACCUCCCUCAUCUUACCUCAUACUGUCGCUCUUAAUUCUACUCUGCCCUAUCCUACUUUAUCUGCACAUAAUAUACUGUAUAUGCAGUUUUGCAACUUUAAACUUUUCUGGCUUCUGUGAGUUUCUUGUAAUUACGGUCACAUAGUGUCUAAAGUUUCUUACAGCUUUGGUUUCUGUAAUAUAGAUACAUUUUUUAAAAAGAAGGUCAACAGGCAGAUUUUACUGCUUGUGUGAUAGUUAAAGUUCAAAAACGUACUCCAGAGUCCCAACGGCGAUGAAAGUUUUUGAGACACUACAUAAACUUCCAAGGUGUUAAACGAAGAAGGAUGCAGCUUGUAAGUAGGUCUACACACCAUGUGAUAAUGAGAGGGCGCCUUUCAGUCUCCUGUUUUGUUUCUAAAUUGAUGUAAUCCCCUGCGUGCUCUCACCUUCAGAUUAGAAUUAAGCACAACAGAGUCAACAGUGUCUGAGGACACACUGACUUAACAUCUCUCUACAGAUUACAAAUCUUUCUCCACCUUCUGUCAGUUUUAUUGUAAUUUAAUUGAAUGAACUCUGGAAAGCUUAAGUUCAUUGACUCUCUGCUUUGUGGCCCAAAAACAAAGUUAUCAAAGCAGUUGUGCCCCACAUGGGAUUUUAUCUCCAACCCAAAAUAUUUACGAGAAGCAUGAUUCUGUGGAGGAUUAACCCAUAAAUGUGGUUUUACAACUGGAGCUUAGUCGUCUGUGAUCUGUUAGGUAAACAUUUGUGGGGAGAGAUACCUGGGACAUGAUUGGCCUCGAUAAGAUGUUGUCUCUUACAGAUAGGAAUUAGCUGUAGUCCAUUGUUUAUUCUAUGACUCAAAAUCCACUCUUUUAUAACGGCUUCCCCAUCUGCUGCACAUGUCCUGAGAGCUGAGAGUAGAGAAAAACCUGCCCCUGCCUGAGAGUAGAGACCCGGGUUUAUGCAUGAUUGGGGGUCUAACUGCGGCUACAGCGGGCAUGUGGGCGAGCUUUGUGCAGGAGGAGAGUGUUUUUAGCCAGACAGGACAGCCCUCUGGGAGUGUGUGCCCAGGAUUUUUGUGCUUCACAGCGCAGCAGCAGAGCAGGCGGAGGCAGAGAGUGUGGAGACCAGUGGGUGUCCUGGCGGUGCUGGGCGUUCAGGGGGGCUGUGGGAGGCUGUGGAGGCUUCAGUGAGCCGCAGAAUAGAAUACAUAGAGAAGCUUUAGGAAGCACUGACAGGUUUACAGGGGAUUAGUUCCUGCAGACUCUGCAUUCUCUGAUUCGAAGAGGAGAGAAAGCUUCUUAUCGCUAAAGAGCUUAUUACACCCCAGUGUGCAGAGGAGCAAAACAAUAAGGCAUCACAGACAAAAACAGGACACUGUUUACAUAUAAUUACACCCCAACACAGCUGCAGAAGCAACAGAGUAACAGAGACAUAGAGCUGAAUCAGAAGCAAUUUGACACAAAUAAAGUUUGAAGUUUGCAAAAUAUAAGAAAAGUGUGAAUUUCCGGUAUGUUUACAUGUUUAAUUGGAUUAGUUUGGGCAAAGUGGGCUUCAGGGUGACUUAGCCCUCCUUGGCUUACCUUAAUGCCCCUCUGCCAUGUCACUGAGAGUGUAAACAUGGCAGCCCACUGAAACAGACUCUGAUUGUCUCUGCUGUUGUACCAAACAACAUCAUUUCUGUAUCCCUGCAGAGAGAACCGUCCCUCAUGAUCUGUUCACCCCUCUGCUGAUUGGCUCUGUGUCAGCAGCAUGCAUCCUCUGCCUCGUCCUUAUCAUGCUGUUUUACAAGUACAUGCAGGUAGGACAGCCCUGCACUUCACUGGCACAGUGGCACACCCUCCUUUUUUUCCACAUUUUGACUCAGAACAAGAAAAAUAAAUAAAACAAUCCCCUUUGUUGGAUACUAACUGUAAUUUCUAUUUUGGUGUCUUUUUGCUUGCACUCAUGCCAGAAACCCAAAUACCAGAUCCAGUGGAAAGUUAUCGAGGGCAUCCAUGGAAACAACUAUGUGUACAUUGACCCCACCCAACUACCGUACGAUCACCAGUGGGAGUUUCCUCGAAACAACUUGCGUUUUGGUAAGCCACCUGCACCCCUUUGUGCAUCCAAGUUUUCAUUAAUCUGUCAUUUUUGAUGUUAAGCAGCAGCACAGAACCCCUGGCUUCUACGUCUGAGGUGUAAAUCAGCGUUUGAGCAGUGUGAUGUGGAGAUAACCGGGGGUUUAUGUCAGUUAGAAAGCCCAACAGAGCAGGCAGGAUGACAUCAGCGCUGCCAGCCUGAGGCGACUUCUGGCUGAUUGACAGACACUCUGUUUUCUCUGAGUAUGGACACAGCAUUAAGGUUCGAGCCAUGCCUGUGGUCAUCAGUGGCUAACCAGUGCUACGCCUCAUUAAUGAUGAAACCCCACUCCCUCACUGCAAACAGGAUUUUGUUGACAUAUUAUGGGUGUUGUUUUCAACAAACCUCCUUAAACAGGAUCCUGCGUGUCCUGGUGCCUGCGUACACAGCCCGGGGGCUCAAACUGGUGUUGUCCUAGGAACGCUGGCAUGAGGCCAGCUUGUGGGAGGGAAACAGGAUGGGGAGUAACAGUUUUGUGUCUGUCUUCUUGUCUUCAGGGAAGACACUUGGAUCGGGUGCAUUCGGGAAGGUGGUGGAGGCAACUGCAUACGGCCUCUCCAAAGCAGAUUCAGUCAUGACGGUGGCUGUAAAGAUGCUCAAAUGUAAGUGCUGUUAACACACAUACAAAUGAAGCACUGCAAUUCUGUUUCCACUAUGCAAUCAUUAAAUUAAAAGCCCAAUAAGUUAUUUGCCAGCAGGUGUUCAUGCAGCUUUUAAGUGGCUGUGGUGGUUUGAGCACUGCUGCCAAAUCAAUAUGUUUAAGAAACACAUUUUUAUUUACAUUAGCCCUCAGCAACCAGCUAACUAUUUUUAUCAUGUAUGCCAGAUCGUGACACAUUGUUAUUGCUUGACUCUAUUAACCAUGAGCCGUUUUGUGCAUUCUGAUCACAUAUUAAAAUACUUUUUUCACCCCACAGCGAGUGCUCACUCUACAGAGAAAGAGGCGCUGAUGUCUGAGCUGAAAGUCCUCAGUUAUUUGGGAAACCACAUGAAUAUUGUCAACCUGCUGGGGGCUUGCACAGUUGGAGGUAUGGCAGGCUUGUUCUGUUUUACUGGGGAAAAAAAACACUUUCAAGGAAAGCUUGUUGACAGAGAGAUUGUUGACAGAGAUUCAAGUGGAAUUUUUUCAUAGUAUCCCUUGGCCUGCUUUAUGUCACCGAAUGACCAAACUUGAUGUUCAAACUAGUCUAAGCUACUAGUGUAAGCUAUGUUACACUAUUCCAACUGCGAUAAAAUGGAGCAGAAUUUGGUGUCUGACAACAAAAACAUACAAAUACAUAUUACAACCAUCAAUUCAUUAACAGCCCUCAGUUACAGGACAUGUAUUUGUAGUCACAUUUUCUUCUAUCCUCAUUUCAAUAUCCUCAAUAUCUACAAAAUCAUACAUUUUCAGGUGACUCCAUGGAUCAGACAACAAGAAGGGAGCAAAACUGUUAUUUUAGCAAAAGUCAUUUUCUACUUAUAUGUGCAACUGGUUUCUGUAGAUUUAUAAAUAUUUGGACAAUACUUCUUAUAUAACAAAGUGCAUUUCACCAUAAAUGCAGAGACCCGUCAGAAACCACCUGCAGCCAUAGAGCAGAGGGUAAUCUUAUCUGAUAACUGAUAUACCUGUCUGUAAUUUACACCAAAAUGAUAUGAGCGACUGGGGCACCAUUGGCCUACCAGUUAGAGUGCACACCCUAUGAAGUAACACUACAGUCCUUGUCACGCUGGUUAAAGGCACGAUUACCAAUCUUGGCAUGAUUUGGUGCAUUUGAUUCCCGCUCUCUCUACCAAAUUUGAAAUGGUUUGUGUCUUAAUGUCAGUGUUGUGAAGUUAUUCUGAUUAUUGGUCAUAAAACUAUGUUUUCUUUCUUUACUGCAGGACCCACACUGGUGAUCACAGAGUACUGCUGCUUUGGAGAUCUGCUGAACUUUCUGCGCAGAAAAAGGGAAUGCUUCACCUGCUAUAAAAUGGAGGAAGACUAUUACUACCGCAACGUCAUGCCGCAGAGAGAAACAGCUGGGUCAGGUUCACUUCUGUGUUUUAGGAGGAGGUUUUAUUGUUUGCGGAAUAGUAAAGGGAGUAUUUACUACCCAGAACGUGCGUAGGAGUAUUGUAUUUGGACAGAAGUGUGGCUGUGUGGCUGUGCUCAACUGAUACCAGACUGCUCCUUUCCUCCUCACAGUGACAGCUUGAAUGGCUACAUGACCAUGAGGCCUUCUGCUUCUGGCAACCCGCCGUCCAGCUUCUCAGAGAAGAGACGCUCGCUACACAAAGGCAAGCCAGCCAUUCAUUGAAUUUCUCAGUCCCAAAAUACUCAGAAAACUGUCAAGAGGAGACUCGUGCAAAUUCAGAUGACUAAUCUUCAUCCUGUUUGUCCCCCUUAGGUGGCUCCUACGUUGAAGCAGAUGCACAGAGUGAGCUAUUCGACGAAGACGGUCUGUCUCUGGAUACUGAAGACCUGCUCAGCUUCUCGUACCAAGUGGCCAAAGGCAUGGAGUUCUUAGCAUCCAAAAAUGUGAGCAUAAUAACUACCACACCAGAUUUAUGAGGACACUUGGUUAUUUAAAUUUAGGCAACUCUGACAGCCUCCAAAAAGUGAGUCCAUGAAGAGAGUUUCAGUCAUCGGAGUUAUCUUUUUAGGUGGUUGCAGCCAACUCUAUCCAUGAGCUGCAGCAUCUCUGUACAAGUGUUAGAACUGGUUAUGGUGUCCUUGACCAAGUCCUACUUUGAACAAGAAAAGCCAUGUGUCUCUCCUGUGUGCAAGUUAGGAAAAAGUGUGAGGAUGCCUGAGGGUGUAUAGAAAGUAUCGUCAUAAUAGUAUAGUGAAAGCAACAUUAUGUGGACAUCUCACAAACUGAGCAUGGAGUUAGGUCAGGCAGGCCAGAAAGCUGAGAUCAGCCCACAGUACUUGGGCCGAGCUGUUUGACACAAUUAUCAAAACCGAAUUAAAGUAAACAAUCUUGAAGCUACCAGGAGGCUAAAAGCCUGCUCUAGUUCCACCCCUUUGCAUGUCUCUGGGUAGACCAAAAGUCAGGUUGAGUCAUUGUUUCUUGGCGACCGUCUUUGGGCUUUAUGUUGUCUCUUCAAAAACCAAAGAGUGACAUCAAUGAGACUGUUACCUCCUGACAGUGACUGAUAGCUGAAUUUAUAUUUUAUCAAAUGUUAGCGCAAUGGCCAACUGUUGGCUUUUGCUCCUAAAAAAGAGAGAGUUGUUGAGAAGAAUUGAGAAGAUAAUUUCUUUAAACUUAAAAAAACUUAAGAGUAUGAAAUGAACCUUGUGAAUGGAGUGUUCUGUUGAAAUAUUUAUCAGUGUUGGAGGUGAGAUAGUGUGGCCGGUAAGGUCCUGUAUCAGUGUCAGAGGUUGAGUGUUACAGACUAAAGUGUAGAAAUUCAGCACCAGGCUGCAUCAGAAAAAGCUCUUAAUCCAUGACCUGUGUUGUAUUAUUGAUUGGUCAUGUGUAGCACGCCUAUCAUUAUGUGUUAAAGAGUGUUGUGUUUGUUUUGCAGUGUAUUCACAGAGACCUUGCUGCCAGGAAUAUCCUUCUGACUCAGGGAAGAGUGGCAAAGAUCUGUGACUUCGGCCUGGCACGGGACAUCAACACAGAUUCCAACUACGUUGUGAAAGGCAACGUAAGUCAGCACGAAACACUGAUAUCUAAGACGAGAUGCAGGAUACAUCUGAUAGUGGCUAUCAUGACAAGUCCCAUCAUUUAACAUGCUAUCCUUGUCUUGAGUUAAACCCCAUCCUGUUUUAUGAGCCUGAUAGCUCUUAAAAGUCAAGAGGCUCCCUGCUAGAACGAAAGAUUUAGUCACGUAUAAACUUGAAGAUUAAACGGAGGACUAAAUAGUAAGACUAAAUGGAGCCAUUUUAACGCAAGGGAGAUCAGAGUUUGAGAUUUAUGAUCUAGUUUAUUUUACAAGAUACUUCUCCCAGCUGGAGAAUUGUUGACCACUCUAAAGUCAAUAAAAUGAAGGCUUAAAAGUUUUCAAAUGACUUUAAUCUGUAGAAACAAGGCGAAUCCUAUUAUCAUCAUCUAUUUAUUGGUUUUAUAAAUCCUUUAGCAGAAAAUUAGAUGUUUGUCCUUUAACCCUAGCCAUCACUGACACAAGCUCAAAUAAACCAUUAAACUGCCAAACUGCCACUCAGAAAUAAAGCCAUGUUUGGUGCAAAUAUAUAUCAAAGUGCCUGAAAACUUAGGGGUGUUAAUCAUAACGCAAGGUUGUGAUUAUUAAACACAUUUAUGACAUGACAGGUCAAGAUUUUUCACUCUAGCGGUCACAUAUGUCACUUUUCCCACAGGAAAACUUUAAUACGUUUCCCUUACCCAGUGCAUAUCACCAGGACCAUGACAAAUAAAAUGCAAAUAAUUAUCCUUUAUGUAUUACAUGGCCAUUGCAAUAAAGGCCAGGGUCAAAGGAAGCACCCACAUUUUAGCACUUUCUUUGGAACUGCCUCUUAAAUUCUGUGUAUGCAUGUUUUCCAUUCACUUGAAACAGUUUUCUUUGUGUGUGUUGAGAUAUGAACCCCAGGGUGUGUACAGUAAUACUGUCUUUAAAAACAAAAAGCAAACAUAAAACUUCUACUGCGUUUUACAACUCAUAUUCAAAAGCAAACAGUGAGGCCAGCUGUCCUAAAGUUCCUUCUUCUGGUAAAUAUUUACUCAACGUGACUUCUGCUUCAGCCCCGUGUCCAGUGUGUUGGCAGCUGUGUCAAACUUUUUGUCUUAUUGAGGAUGUAAAGUCAACACUAAAGAGUUAAAACCAAUAACCACUGAUUAGUAUUAACUGAAGACACCUACAUUUGCUGCACUGUCUGUAUCUGGGGCAAAAAUGUUGAAGAAAGGUUAAAGGUCUAGAGUGAAAAAAAGACCUUAAUGAGUAACUCCAGGCUUUUUUCUGUGACUGUUAGCCUAAAUGUCUAAUUUCACAGCACCUUUUUUUAAAGUUCAUUUGCUAGUCGCAGGACUUUCUAUGUUUACUACAUUGGUUUGAUACAAGUUAUUAUUAGUUGUACUUAAGGAGGCGUAAAAGAUAGCCUUAGAUGACUUUUCUGUAACCAUAAUAAAAGUUAGAAAAUUAGGGCAGUAUAGAAUAGAGAGGCUGUGUUUGACACAACACUUUGGUUCUUCAGCUCCUUCAGGAUCUCAGGCUUUUUCUGUGAUUCUUGCAGUCUAAAGUACCUGCUGCUAUGGCUGUUUUAUGCAAAGUUGUCAUGUUUUCAUUCUUUAUUUUAACACAUUACACAUAAACUGUAACUGGGACAAAUGUUCCAAUCAAAUAAUCUAUUGGCUGUUUGACCUCUGACAUCUUUUCUUGUUGAUUUUUCAAAAGUUAGACAAAACUAAAGUAAAUCGCAAUCAAGUAUUUUCAGUCUGGUAUUAGCAUGCAAAAUUAUGUAUUAUGUGCAGAUUCAACUCUGAUUGGGUCUUAUACCUAACAAUAAGGGGAAAUCAUUCAGGUUGGUAGUUUCAGACCCACCUGCCCGUGAAGAUAAAUACUACUCGGCUGAUGGGUCUGAUAAUACCAAAGCACAAAGCUGUUUGCUCUACCCACUUCCACUCCCACACUUUCACAGUAAAAGUGACCAUCUAUGUCUGGAUUUCCAUACAGCUGUCUCAACAUGCUGCAGCAAGCCUGUUGAAAUCAUACAGGUUUUCAGCAUCAUGAAGGAUUUAGACAUGAUUAUGUCCAUACUGGUUGCACCACAAAUUUGCCCUUGUGUAGAAUAAAACACUGCACAUUCACAUUCAUGGGUGUAGAUGUGGCAAAUUUAGUUAACUGAAACUUAAAGCUACUAAAGUUCGACUGAAUGAUGUCAGUCAGUUGUGUAUGAUCACUCACUUUCCUCUCAGGCUAAAAAUACAAAGUCUGACACGCAGAUCCUCCAUUGCCCUCUGAAGGCCCUGAAUGAAAAUCUGCUCAGGGGCCCCUCAACCUAACCCCUGAGUCAUGUGAACCAUCUGCCACACAAUCACACCUGACACCACAGUACUCCCACUGCAGCCUCCCUCUUCUAGAGCAGCCUGCUCCAUCUGUCAGUCUCAGGAUGAGUGGGCUUACUGUAUGUAGAACAGCAUGGAAUACAAACAAAAACCUACAGGAUCUUUAAAUAAAAUUAAUUACAACACAAAUGAGGAACUUUCAGAAACUUUUAUCAGGAUUUACUGCCUUUAAGUCUCUCAAACACGUUUUUAAAGGUGUAAACCAUACUAGGUCUUACAUAGAUACUUGAUACUUGAUCAGUCAAGAAGAGACUUGCAUCAACAUUAUGAUGAAAGCUGAUCUUUUAAGUACAACCAACGCACAUUUUUAUAGACUCAUUAUACAUACUUUUGCUUUUUACAACCUCAAUUCCAAACAAGUUGGGAUGCUGUGUAAAGGGCUGAUAAAACAGAAUUGGAUGGCUUGCAAACCAUUAUAACAACAAAAAUAAGUGAAAACAGAGCAAAAACAACAUGCCAAAUAUUAAAGCUGAAAAUGAUUAUUGUUAGUGAAAAAGAUAGGCUUUCUUUAUAUUUAGUAGUUUCAAAAAUAUUGGGACAGGGUCAUGUUUCUCACUGUGUUUCAUUAUCUUUUCUCUCACUAACACUCUGUAAACGUUAGUGAACCCUGGAGACCAGUUUCUGGAGUUUAGAAAGUGAAAUGGCCCAUCCUUGUCUGAUAGAAGAUUUCAGCUGCUCAACAGUUCAGUUGAAGGUCAUAAUUUUUAUGUUGUGAUGCUCCAAAUAUCUUAAUUAGUUGUCAAGUCAGGACUGCAGACAGGCCAGUUUAUCAGCAGGACUUGUAAUCCCUGCAGAAUGUGGUUUGUCAUUGUCUUGCUGAAAUAUGAAGGUCUUUCCUGAAAAAGUCAUUGGCCCUCAUUUAUCAAUCUUGCGUAAAACUGGCGGCUGAAAUCGAUCGCCAUGAACAUGUCACGCCCUUAAAUAUUUGUGGUUCAGAAGCCUCGCCUCGCUGCUGGGCCUUUAAGGAGUCAAACGCAGCGCUCCACAGUGGCGUGUGUGUGUGCAUUGUUAGAACAAAACGGCACUCCUGCUCUGUGGCAGUGUUUCUGGGCAGCAUUAUCAAAUAAGCCUAUUCACUAAGGACAUCGCAAAUUUAUUUUAUUUUAUUUUAUUUACUUCUUAAUCUUUAAUGAAAUCUGGCUGUUUGUGCUUAAUGACAGGUUGGAGGUUUGUUCAUCGAUUAUUUUGAGACAGACAUUUGCUGCACUGUAGAUCCACACUGACUCAAACUUGCGUACACAAUGUCAGACCUGUCGUGAGAUUUGGUUGUAGUGUACGCUUACGUGCAGAUUGAUAAAUGCCGAUCCUCACGUCGCAACUUGCGUACGCACGGUGUACGUGAGUUUUCUGCCGUAUGCAAGCUUGAUAAACCUGUAGAUAUUGUUCAGCAUUAAUGAAGCCUUCACUGAUGUGUCAGCCACCCAUGACAUGAACACUUAUGAUCCUCAUGCCAUCAGGCAUGCUGGCUUUGAACUGUGCUCAGGGGAUCCUUUCUCCUCUUGGAGCAGAAGACUCAACAUCCAUGAUUUCUAAAAAGAAAAUCAAAAUUGGAUUCUUAAGGGAAAGUUCUGUUCCCCUCAGUCCUUUAUAGAUGGGCUCAGGUCCAGAGAAGUCCCUGGUGUUUCUUUAAACUCUAAACCGUUGUUCCCGCCAUUUACUCUAACUACCGUUUAUUUUCCUUCCCAUUAGAUGAGUGGGGUUGUUCUGUGUUAUCUUGUCAUUAUAGUUGUAAACACACCCAUCAGCAAAAGGGUGGGUCCUUGCAUAAUUGGUAAGACCUUGAAUGACUUGCAUUGAACUGUCCUUACUGACACACAUGUCUCUUAAUGAGUAAAUAAUCAAGAAUACAUAAAACAGAUUAAACAAGGUCACACCUUUAAUUAGUACUGUUUAUAUUGGGAGUGGUAAUUCAGCUUGUGAUGCUAUCAUAAGUUACUGUUAGGUUGUUUUGAUGGUCACUGAUUGACUGAACAGGUGUGUCCUUAAAGCUCUUUGACUAGGAGUCUGGUGAUUAGCCAUGUAACGAUCUUUGAGUUAAUGCCGUUCUUAGGACAAGAAUAAUAACUAACAGACGUUCUUUAUGAUCAAAAAGGUUUUGACACCUAAAUAGGAGCUAGAAAAAACAGGCAAACUUCAAGUCGUGUAAAGGACCCAACAGCCACAUAAAUUACCUCUGUGGCUCUGUAAACCAACUCACCUGUGAAAGUUAUUCCUCUGUGUUUCUAGUCCAUAAGAGUAUCCCUUUUAUACCCACUCUGAACAUCCUUUUUGCUCUGCUAUUGCUGUGCUAAAGGAAAGGGUUGCCAUAUAUCAAAGUGAAAAUGUAAAAAUGUCCAAAAAUAAUUUAGUAUAAGAGGCCUCUUGAUGAACGACUCUUUCAAGUGGCAAAAGUUUGCUGUCCUCAUGACUCAGUAGGUAGCAGUAGGUUGUGCAUCUUCUGUGUAGGAACGUCAGCUUCUUAGAGCUGUUAGACCAUUAUCUGCUUUACAGAGUACACUUACUAUUGCUAAGUACCUCAUACAACCCCAUUUCAAAGAAUUUGAAAUAGCCUUGUGUUUUAACUAACCUUGUGAUUUUGUUUGACCUAUUUUGCAAACACAUAAGGGCACAUAACUGAUAAAAUCUGGUGAAGCCCAACCCAGAUGUGUGGAGGCUUCUGUGCUUGCAGCUGCUGUCUUGCUGUAGAGGUCACCUGGUGGGCAUCUGAAGCCCAUGCACAUGAUACUUCUUAAUGCUCUAGGAGAGAAAAGGAAGUAGCUGCAGAAUUGUUUAAUCAUUAAGUCUGCAAAACAGUCUUCUUUAUGAGUACACUGCAGCUUUCCUUGGACCUUUCAUUAGCAUGCAUUUUAUGAAAGAAGCUUUGUUGAUUUGUCUUCUCGUCUUCUGCAGACGUCUCACUUAAAUUGUGCUGUCUGUCUAAUCCUUUUGAUUGCUACAAUUAUAACGCAUAUUUGUAACCACAGCCUGAAGGCAAAGCAUGCUCCUUAUUUAGUCUCUGGUGUAUGGCAACCAAGCACUGAUUCUAAAUUUAAAAACCCGUUGUGGUUUGACAGCUGAGGAGCUGCCUGCCAUCUGUUGCAUACCUGAUGAGAUAUGUGUCUUUGCAUUUUUGCACAAACGUCAGGUACAGGCGUGGGCAACCGGCCUUGUGUUUUUAGCUCCUGGGGCGAACAAAGUGUGCAGAUCUGACACUUGGUACGUUCUGUUCAUGAAGACGUCCUCAGUCGUCAACCUGUUUGACCCGAAACGUCACCUCUGGGAAGGGUUUCAAGUCUUGAUUGAAUGAUUUACACUCUCCGUCUUCUCACUGAGUGCUUUUCUUUCAGGCUCGUCUGCCAGUGAAAUGGAUGUCUCCAGAAAGUAUCUUUGAAUGUGUGUACACGUUCGAGAGUGAUGUGUGGUCCUACGGCAUCCUGCUUUGGGAAAUCUUCUCUCUUGGUGAGUCAGUUCACCCAUCAGUCUUUCGUUGUUGUUGCUGUUUAUAUUUUUGCAUGUAUAAAGUUACUGAAUCUCUCUGGUAAAUGCAGGAAACAGUCCUUACCCCCGCAUGCCGGUGGACGCCAAGUUCUACAAACUGAUUAAAGAGGGAUACAGGAUGGAUGCUCCAGAGUUCGCACCUAGUGAAAUGUGAGUUGUUACAUUUAAAUUUAGUUUUUGUUUAACCUCAAUUACUGUUCGAACGUGAAAAUAUAAUAUCUGCCUUCAUGGGUUGGACAUUUAACAGAAUUGGUUGGUAGUAAUGGAAUAACAAAUGUAGAAGUGUGUUAAAUUGAUUUACAAUAACUCAAAUAGAAAAAUUGGCCCAAUCCCAAUCUGACCCCUACACACAUGCCCCACACACCCGCCCUCAAUUUGCGCAUUCCCGUGGAGGCUUCGCCAUAUUGAAGGCUGUCCCAAACCACGAAGUGCAGAAGGCGAGUGGACCGUUCAGCCCUUAAGUAGCAAGUCUGCAAUGAUGCACACUUAUAUUAUUAUGGCAGGAUUUGCAGGCAUUUGCAGGCCAAUAAUGGGAGUGGGAUCAUGUAACUAGUGUAGCAUGGACCACUUGAACAGCUUCGCGAACUGCACCCCUAUUACUGACAUUUUUGAUGGCAAAAGUUCACAGAUCAGGGAUCAUACUUAUCAUGCAUCACAGGCUGCCAUUGCUCAACCAAGGGGACAGAUGAGCAAGGGAGCAUGCCGAUCUAGAAUCUGACAGCAAGAUUUUACUAAAUAUUUCCAUUUCUACACACUGCAACUUUAAAACCAGUAGGUGCAAAUAAAUAAGUUUCUGUCUGUGGCUCCAGUAGCUGAACUCAAGUCAAGACUCUGUGUAACUUGGUAAUUACAGUGAAACUGGGACUCUCAAGUUGAUGUAUGCACAGUGAACAUGCAGUACACAGACAAGGAGGUUCUGCCAGAAACCCAUUGGAUUGAACAAGAAGACUGAAAUGUUGGCCAUUGUUGCCUUUGGGAAAAGAUCGUCAACAGACAAUAGCUAAUGGAUUUUAUGAUUGGUUUGUGUAAAAGGUGUUGCAGAGAAAUGUAACUAACAGGAUAGAGGUUGCAGGACUUUUUACAUUUGCGAAAUAAGAGAUUCACUUGUAUUUUCUUUCACAUAUAUCAGAAACUAACAUGAUGUAACUCAUAAAGUUGGAACUCAAAGAGUGACACAAUAUAAUGGCUGUAAAGAAAGUUGUCAAAUCAAUGUAUUUAUGUUCCUACAGGUAUCAGAUUAUGCGGUCAUGCUGGGACGCUGACCCCUUCAACAGGCCGCCCUUCAGGAAGGUGGUAGAAAGGAUUGAGCAGCAGCUGUCAGACACCACCAAGCAUGUAGGUUUCUCCUCUUUUACUGUAUGUUAUUCACUCAUAAGGUUCAAAAGUCCACUCCUUUAAAACAAUGAGCCACUUGUACUUUAAGCAGGAUUAAACAUGACUGCAGGCUCUUGAUAACUUUGACACUGUCUUUGAGCAUCAAUAAACUCAGACAGAAAUGAUUAUCCAUGUUUGUCAACAUGUAACUCAGCACUGGUCUCUGUGCUAUCCACUAAACCUAAGCCAUUUAACACCGCGGCUCACUUUGGAAACAACCCUGCUCAGAUGCAUGCUGUCUGCUCAUCAGACUCUUUCCUCACUUCUCAUGGGAAAACACUUUUACAGUCCCCUCCUGUGUACUCAUACAUAUUUCAGAUAUAUGUCUGGUGCCUUCACAGCAGGAGCAGAUGUGUUUGAACUCUCCGCUCAAUUGGUUUACCCAUCACAUACUAGAUCCUUGUAUGCUCUCAUAACUGUCCUCUCACAACAAACCAGCUUUGAUAGUUGUCUCUGAUAAUUGUUGAUAAUUUCAUUUUGCAAAGAUUGCUUGGUUUACUUUCUAAGGAUUGAAAUUUUGGCAUCACUAUCAUGUUGAUACUUUUGGACUGUUGUGAGACAUGAGAUAAAGCUCUGUGUGACUAAAAACGGGUGGGAAAUCUAAUUUCAAAGUGGAUAAAUAUUUUUAUUCUAGUCCCCCAAAAGCAUUUUUGAAACAUUAAUACUCUACUGGGAACAAAACAGGAAGUCAAUAAAUGAAAAUGUGAUACCACAGGUAUUGUUUUUGGAGUGCUGGUUUCAAAACAGCAAAGUAAAAGGGUCCAAGUUGCACUUUCACCCACUGAAUAGAGGUGUUUUCAUCCUUUGAGGUUUAUUUUGACUGAUUUCCACAGAAACUAUAAAAACAUAACCAAGUACCAUCAGUGUCUCAGCCAUCCAAACCAUCUUGGUUUUUAAGGAAAGCACUGUGGCUUCUACUAAAGCAAAGUGUCUCAGAUACACGGUUGCAGGAUUUUCGCAUGCGGUUAAUUUCCUAGUUGUUUAUAUGCAACUUCAUAAUACAACUAAGCGCUAAGUUUAUUUGCCUGUGCUGCAAACGCUAGCAAAGCUAGCGGGUCUACUUGCAGGUUAAUGUAUGCCUUGAUGUGUCUGCACAGUCUCGACACUUGUCUAAAUACAAGCUUAUUGUCAUAUUAUUGUUCACAAUUUAAUUUCAAUCAAUCAAUCAGUUUUUACUUAUGUAGCACCAAAUCACAACAGUCGUUAUCCCAAGAUGCUUUCCGAAAGAGCAGGUCUAGACCGCACUCCUUGUUCGGGGUAUUUUAAGGACCCAACCUUGAGAUGGGACAAAUUUGACCCAUCCCAUCCAACAUCCACAAUUCUGCCAAAAUGUGCCAUGCUACAAGAUCCCAUCCAUCAUCUGUGCUGGUUUAUUUAUUAUAGAAUUAUGGCAUUCACCAGCAACCAGAGCUACAGGCCCAGCUAGUAGACAAAACAUAUGGAUGGAAUUUUAGUACAACUAUGACAACAAAAAAAAUGAAUAAUUUAUUUGACUGACUUCUAGAUCUGGUGCUGACAGCGAGGGUGGGGUUGUCUGCUUGUUAAGUCAACUAUAGGCCCGUCUGUAGUGAAAAUGUUCAAGUACUUAACAUAGCCUGGAAUAAGGGAGGCAGCUAAGACACUUCUAAUGAACCUCUAGCUAACUUCUAUGUUAAUCUGCAGGAUGUUACAGUGCUAAUAAACACCAAAGUUGCAAAUGAUACAUUAAAGGGUGAAUCCUGAUAUUUGUUAGAGGAGUUUGAAUCUGUCAAAAUGAGACACUAUAAAAAAAUGUAAUCUCAUACUUAGCUCCCUCUCUCCUUCUCAGAUUUACCUGAACUUUAGCUCCAGGGUCCCCACCACACCCAGAACCAGGGAGGAGCCUGGCCCCCUCAGCUCAGCCUUCCACCAACCAAACUCAGCUGGCAGUAACGGCCCGGCGGCCCAGCCCUUACUGGUCCAGCACGAGGUCUUCCUGGAGGGCACAACCUUCAGAGCCCAACGAGUGUGAGGACUCGUCCGACCGGUCUGGCUGCCUCAUAAAAGUGCCUGUGAUGUUCAACCACAAACCACCUAACCACUACAGCCGCCCACCACCCCGGUCCCAGCAGCCUGUGUUUGAACAUGCUGCAGACAAGAUGGCAAUCUCCCUCCAAAAUUAGAUGGAACAACAAGAGAGGAAUGGCUUUAUUGUUGUUAUCACCUCUGCUUAUUAUAGGAGGGACAGUCGGACUAAUGCUGCCCCGCUAACAGCAAAGGACUGAUCAGGAGCCAGAGACGGAGGAAUGAAAUAAACUGUUACUCUGAGACUGUCAUUGAGGACAUGCCUACACGGUUAUCCAUCAUGUUCAGACCUGUUUUUUCCCACACAUUUCAGAAAGGUUGUGUUUUUUAGCCUGCAGUAUACUCCUAGCUAUUUACUGGACUGUAUUUGUUUGUUUGCUAUUCUUUGUUAUUUCCUGUUAUAGAUAUUUAUGUAGCGUUUUAUUGUGGUUGGCUGUUGCAUCUUUUGGAGGAAAAAGUAAGCACUCCAGGCACUUGAACUUCACAUCAAACAUAAAGUAAAAGCAGCUUUGGUUUAUUUUUUUACUCCAUUAUUGUCAGUAUUAUUACCAACCAUUCAGAUGUAUGUUUAUAUGAAGGAGACACUUUGUGGGGGGCCAAUUUAAAUGUAGAUGUGGAAACACUGGUAUAUAAGCUAUUAGACAGCAUGGGAGGUCAUGCUUAUGGCGAGUUCAGACCAAAAGCAGAGGGAAUUUUCUAACUUAGUCUGACCAAAUUUACACCUGAAGGCUCGACUUACCAUUUAGCUGAGCUGAUAUAAGUCAACCCCUGCAAGAAACUUUGGGUGAUGAUGUCUAGAGAGCCAAUCAGCAUUGAGAUUUCACGAUUUUCUAGAAGUGUAAGCCGUGCUGCAGCCAAACCUUAUUCAAGAAACAUGCAAUUUAAAGGUUGUUUGCUCUUCAUCGUGCAGACAUACCUGACAAGGUUUGCAUUUUUACUUUUAUAAACGUGCAUCAAAAUAUACUUAAUUUGGUUUCUUUUCUGUGACAUCCAUUAAUUGCAACUGGGUCAACCUCCAGUAGCUGAAAGUGGCAGUAAACUGAAUUCAGGUGUAAACUCUGUUCAUCCAAAGUAGAGUUUAAGGAGCCUUGCAUAACUGUGUUUGGUUUUAGACAUUUCUUCAAAGGACACAUAUUUGCUGUUUGUGUUUGACAAAUAAUUCCCUAAAACUGAUCUUAGCCUCAACCAUGCGCGAUUAAAAAGAGGAAAAAAGUCUGUCACUUUUGGUCUGAGCACACCUUUAGAGUCCAUGAGUGCGUAAUUCGAAAAUGCAUUUCUGCUCUUUCUUUGUUCAAUGUCUGAACCUUAGUACUAACAAGUUUUUUUACUGGAUCUGUCAACCUAAACCAUGGGAAAUGGUGUAGCUAAAGCACACUGUUGACUGUAAAUAUGUACAUAUCUGUGUGUAAUGAUGUUAGUCAUUGCUUUAUGAUGAGAUGGGAAGAGUUGACUAAGACUCUUGGCGUUGGUUUAGGCUCUUAAGCACGUCUCACAGGUGUAUAGUUUCACUUUUUGACAGCUGGACUGCUGGAGAGUUCUCUUGUAAAGGUGUAAAUAACUCUUCAGGUUUUAUGGUGUUUGCUUUCCUGCCACAUCCAGUUUAUGAUCUAUGUUUACAAGCAGCAGAUAGGUACUGUCAUUUCUGAGAUCUGCUUUUCACCUUCCUUCUCGUCAUGAAGAAUCAAGAAACAGGAACUUUCUGUUGUGGCUUAACGAGAGCUGUUAAAGCCACAGAGAUGGAUAUCAUUUAAGUCUCACUCCAGCAGGCGUUUUCAAGUGUUUUUGACAUUGAUAGAUGGACAUAAACAACUUUUAUUACAUUUUUAUUACUUAAAGAAAAGUGUUCAGGUGGGUGUUUUUUUAGAUAUUGCUUUCGGCCUCUUUGGGUUUUACCCCACCAUAUUUUGCCUGUCUCCCUUUUUCCUGGAGUCAGAGUUUAUAGUAGUUCAGAAUAUUAUUUGGUAUCAAUCUGGCUCUUUUGACCUCUGUUUGCAUGUGCAGUCCCAAUGCCCUCCUGCUCCUACCUGGACGGCAAAGGGAACAUGUCUUUUACUGGAGAGAGGUGCCCUUAAACCCAUGACAUAGCUUUUUCUUAUUAAUUUUUAUACAUUUGGACUUAGUUUAGACUCCAAAUAAAGUUGCAGUAAUGAUUCUGAAUAAUGUCAAACAUCAGAAAAUGCCAAAAUGCUGGAGUGGGUCUAAAAGGUAGCUCCAGAAAUCUGAGUCAAAGUCAGAGGAAGGGGUAGGGUCUGGAUAGGGUCUCACAUACUGACACUUACACAGAGCUCAGUCCUGGUGAGUCGGUGUCUCAUUGUUCCUGCUACUUUCCCGACUCUCCUUCCAGCUGCAUCCUCCGUCACAUGGGACUUCCAGCCCCUCUCAGCCAGUCCCCCACACUGCCCGAGACCGUUAUCAGACCCUCUCUUCCUACUGCUUAAUAUUGUUGUGAGAAGCACUAGGAAAGUGUCCCGUUUGUGUGUAUGAGCAGGUGUGUUUCUGUGCGUGCAUGUUUGUGUGAUUGCAGGAUAUUUGCUGUAAGAGGUGCCACUACGAAAGAUUCAUCAUAGUUUAGGUGACUAAAACCCCACACCCUUACCGCUUACAAUGUUGUCGUUUUUUCUUGUAAAUAUAAAUGUGCGUAUGUUAAAAUGUUAAUGCUUUUGAAGGUACACUGAUGCAGAGUUUUAUUAUGCUGUAUUUUCUUAUGUGUGUAAAUGUUUCAAACUGUAGAUGCAACUGGAAAAGCUGCUUGUGUUUCUUUGUGGAAACAGAUGUUUUCAUUUUGGCUGAUUUGUCCGUUACAACAGGUUUUCAAGUUCACUUAUCAAGCAUAAAAUCUCUCAGUGUAAUCACCCGGUUCAAGAAAAAUGUCAAUAAAAAUCUCAUUACAAGACUGUGCAACCAGAUAGGAGACGUUUCAGAAUAGUUAUUUGUCUCCUGUCUCACUUCUCCUCCCUUCAUAUGAGGUUUUCCUGCAUUUUGCUACAUAUUUAUUAAACCUGAGGCUUGAGUGUUCCUGUGUAUAUUUGAUGUGUUGCUCAUACAUGUGUCAAUGUAAAUAAAAUGUGUAUAUUGAAUUCCCAAAGACAACUGUCUGGCCUUUUUUACACAGCAUACCUCCACCAUGUGCAGUUGUAGGCUCCCAUAUUGUACGUGUUAAUGCAUGGAGAUCUUUUUAUGGCUGACAUAUGAAAAUUAUUAUAUUUUUCCAGCUGCACUGUCUGCCAUCCAUUAGGCUGUCCCCUAAGGCAGUAGUCACAAGUGUUUUGAGUUAUCUGCUCUGGAGGUUCACUGUAUCCCAGUCGUGCUGAAUGCUAAUCUAAAGCACAGCGAUGGCGGACACUAUCUGAUUCUUUGAGUCAUUCUUCCUGCUUUUUACUCUUAAUUCACUGGCUGCAGCCCAGAAAGGGACAUCUGGCCAUGAGGGGAAAGCCACAAAGAGGACAGCAGCACUCAGGGCAGACAGACCCGGUGCAUGAAUUUGCGUGGGCAGAGUCCAUUGUUUCAGGAUCGGACUGAUAAGACACAAGCAGGAAAUCCCACCAUUGAAGUAGAGCUCCAAGCAAGUGUUUGUUUGUCAGACUUGAGGAAGAUUGGACCGAAAAAAAAGGAAAGCCUCAGAUGAAUCUGUGUAAUAAUAUAACCAUUAGAAGUUUGGAUCAGGGUAAAAUGAGGCUCUUAAACAAAUCUUCAGUGCUUCAGGAUUUCACAGGCUUUUACUGUGGUUGUUGCUGAUUAAUAUCAGUGUUUUUCAAAUAUUUUCUGAGUGUGUUGCCCUAUAUUUUUUUCUCUGUGUAGCAUCAAAUUUUAGGGACUGGAACAAGUUCUUAACAUCUCUUCAAUUUUAUUUCUAAAUAUACUUCAUCAAUUUUCAAAGCAAAAUUAAUUUUAUACUCCAUUGAGAUAUUCUUCACAUGUAUAGGCCAGAAUACACUCAAACAUGUACAAACACGCCUUCUUCACCUCUGCAAUAUUGCUAAAAACCAGAAACAUCCUGUCUCAGAGCGACAGAGACAAACUAUUCCAUGAAUUUGUCCCAACCCAAG